CAAAACGUGUUUCAGGCGAAGACGAAGAACCCCAUCGAAGUCUCAGACUACUCCGGCUCUGAGCUCAUUCUCAGCUUCAUCUCCGACCCAUUUGGGUUCGCCUUCAAGAGGAAGUCCAACGGGCAGGUCCUCUAUUUGAGCUCCUACUCCAAAGACCCAUAUGGCGAACUGGUGUUUAAGGACCAGUACCUCGAGAUAUCCACCCGACCGCCGAAAGACGCCUCCCUGUACGGCCUCGGAGAGAACACUCAGCCGCACGGGAUCAAGCUCUACCCGAACGAUCCACACACCCUCUUCACCACUGAAGUCUCGGCGAUCAAUCUCAACACUGAUUUGUACGGGUCCCACCCGGUUUACAUGGAUCUCCAGAAUGUGGGCAACGAGGCUUACGCGCACUCUGUUAUGCUGAUCAACAGCAAUGGCAUGGAUGUGUUCUACAGAGGGACUUCUCUCACCUACAAGGUCAUUGGGAGUGUUUUCGACUUUUACUUCUUUGCAGGGCCGACGCCGUUGGGCGUUGUCGACCAGGACACGGCGUUCAUCGGCAGACCGGCCCGGAUGCCCUAUUGGUCUCUUGGUGCAAAGCGAGGAGGGCAUCAUCACUGAGCUCUACAUCCUGGGAAAAUGUUUGGAGAUGGACAAAUGAUCACCAAGAAGACGUGAUAAAGGAUGGAGGGAAUGAAGUAUUGUUUGAUGACCAAAUCACGAAGCGGAGAACAACACGGAGUGGUUCUGAUUCUCAUGCCCUGCCACGUGCUCAAACACAUAAUUGAAGAAGUUAUCAUGUUAAAUGAACAAUUUAGCCAUUUGAAAAGUUUGGCUUUAUUCGAAGAUCUCCUACAAUCUCAACAAUUGCAGUUGGAGGAAACUACCGAAUAAAAUGUGGAGCUUUCUAUAUGUUUAUAUCCGCAACACCAGCUCACGAACAAUCCUCGACCCUUCGUCCUUGCAGCUUGACUUAGUUUUGAACGAAAAAGCUCCUCCAGGAAUCAAUUUUCUCCCCCUCCUCCUUGCUGCUCGACAAAGGAAGGACAUAGUGUUUGGUGCCAAAAAACGUGGGUUGCUGAGCUACAACGAGGGAGAUGGGCAUGGGAUUGGCAGGGAGGGGAAGGGAGAGGGAGGAGUGAGGCUUGCGAAAAGGGUGGUUGGAUUGAUUUUUCCUCCUUAAAUCAAGGGUUGGUGUCGGGAUUGAGGGGUGGGUCGAAAGUGGGUAUGGUUGUGAGGGAAAGAGGGAUGGCAGAGACAGAGGUCAUGGAGUUGGGCGUGGGAAUUCCACAAACCGAGGGCUGCUGUCAGUGGGUGUUAAUAUCAGCAAUAAGCAUUACUGGGAUCUCUGAGGAAGAGCAAGAAAAAGGAAGAACCAUUAUUAGAAGUUCUUCCCGAAGAGUACUACGAUGAUUCUAAGCCAUGAAGGAUUUGAUCAACCCACAAUUAAUAACAAUGUGCGGCGGCACCAACGGUUUUGGACAAGGAACAAGUACAUCCACAUUUGAUGAGAUACUUUGGGUGUUCAAAUUCCAGAAAUAUUCAUCUAGGGUUAGGAUCACGCGGCUAGAAUUAAAGGGUUGCAGGGCACUUUUGUCAUCUUAAUUUUGGGAUUGGGAUUGAUGGUGAGGGCAGACAGAGAGGGACAGCGGCCAUGCUGCUUGUAGAGGGAGAGAGAUUUCGUGCGGAUCUUUGAUUCGGGAGUGGGAGGGUGACAGUGAGAGAAACCGAGUGAGAGAGAGAGAGAGAGAGAUUUCGUGCGGAUAUUCGAUUCGGGAGUGGGAGGAUGACAGUGAGAGAAAUCGUUGGGAUUGCAGGGAGAGAGAGAUAGGGAGGGGUGGGGGUGGCGAACAAUGGCAAGUUAGGUUCGUGUAUGCGGGAUUUGCUGUCCUUCAUCCAUCAUGUGUCUGCAUGUCCUCAUUCACAAGUUGCAGCUGCCAGUAGCAAUUUUCCCAGUACACAUGCCCUCGAUGCAGCUCACGCUACUGUUCCCUGCACCGCUACAAGGAAAUAGAAUUGCUCUCUUCCUCUUCUUGGAAACCACGUAUGCGCUCUCUCUCAAAUUCUUUCAUUUGGGGUCUAAAGGUGAUGCCUUUUUGCCUAAAAUAUCAUGUUGUUAAAUGGGUUAUGAUAUUUUGAUUCUCUGCACAUUCUGCAUAGUGCAAAAAGCAAAAUCUCUCUCUUUCUCUUUUUUGCUUUUUGUGGCUAAAGAUAAUUUCUUUUGUGUCAUAAAUUUGUUUUUGUUACAUGGGGUUAUGUACAUCUUUUGGAUAAUAAAAAAGUUUGAAUCUUUACUAGGUUUCUUUAAAUUUCUUUGAAUUCUGCUUUGCAAUUUUGGUUUAGAAAUGUGUAGAAUUGCAUUUAAGAGGAUCAUAAGGAAGAGAAGCAAAGAUCAGUUCUCAGGCAAUCCGUACGUGAGAUGACUAUGCUUAAUUGCUUACUCUCCACUUGAUAUAUAUCAACAUUCGGUGGCUCUGGCAAAAUCAUAUAGACUAAGAUUUGGUAAUAUAUGGAGAUAGAUGAACAUGUUCAAUGGGAAAUCAUGAACCAUAGAUCACUGGACCAUCCGAAUAUCAUUCGAUCCAAAGAGAUGGAUGAACAUGUUCAAGGGGAAAUCAUGAACCACAGAUCAUUGAAGAAUCCGAAUAUCAUUCGAUUCUCAGAGAUAGAGAAGAUCCCAGAACUUGAAGAGCUAAUGGAAGCCCUCCACAGUGCUGCACCACAUGUCUUGAAAGCUCCAUGUAACCUUCUACUGGAUGGGAUUGUCCGAAGGCAUGCCAACUGAAAAGCUCAAGUGAUUCAUCCUCAUCCAGUUCUUGAACCAUAAACUUUUCAAAAACUUCAUGAGCAUUUAACAAAUGCUCAUGUCUAGUUGUUAUGAUAAUUUUACUUCCUGGAUGAAGCCACUCUCGCAUUCCAAGAAUUGCAUUGAGUUGAUCCCGGUUGCUCACAUCAUCAAGAACAAUAAGAACUUUUUUAUUGCCUA